AUGGCUUCCCGCGCCGCAUCGAUCGCCCAGCGGGCUCAGCUGCGCAGCUCGCCGCUGCUGGCACUGCGUCCGCGCCCCGCCUCGUCGAUCGUCCCGGGCUCGUCUCGCUACGCCUCCGCGCCGAGGAGCUUCUCGGUUGCAGCAUCGCCAUCGCGCUCCUCGCUCUACUCGUCCGCAGCCUCGUCGCGCUCGAGCAUCGCGUUGGCAGCCGGCACCCGCCUCUCCGCCGUCGGCGCAACACCGUUCGCGGCUACGGUUGCGCAUCGAAACCUCUCGCUGUGGCCGUUCUCCAAGCCGUCUCCCCAACAGGCCGGGGCGUCACCGUUCGUUUCGGAAGUCGAGCAGAAGAAGGAUCAGGCCGUGGAAGCCGCUAGCGAAGCCAAGCAGGCUACCGAACAAACCUGGCACGAUGCCAGCGCCUCCGUCGCGGACGGCGUGCAGUCUGCGCAGGAUGGCGCCUCGGACGCGGCUGCCUCGCUCAAGGAAAAGGCGUCGGAGCUGGCGCACGACGUGCAGGAGCAGCUGAGCCACAUCGACACCACUGCGCUGUCGACGGCCACCGAGUCGCUCGGCGGUGCGAUGGGCGUCAAGGCGGGCGAGCUGAGCGAGCUCGGACUGACCAACUGGUUCUCUCCGCCCGGCUUCCUCACCAACGUGCUUGACAUUGUCGGCUCCACCACCGGCCUGCCCUGGUGGGGCACGAUCAUGGUGACCACGGUGGCACUGCGUGUGCUCAUUGCGCCCGUCAAUGUCGGCGGCCAGAAGAACGCCAUCCGCCUGGGUAACAUCCAGCCGCAGAUGAAGCGCAACAUGGACGACAUCAAGCACUUCAAGGCGGCGGGCGACCAGAUGCAGAUGCAAAAGGCGGUCAUGGACACGCAGAAGCUCUUGCGCGACAACAACGCCAACCCGAUCGGCUCGCUCAUCCCGCUUGCAGUGCAGCUGCCGCUCAUGUUUUCGUUCUACCUUGCGCUGUCGCGACUCGCCACAUCGGGGUCGGAGACCUUUGCGCACGGCGGACCUUUCUGGGCAGUCGAUCUGACUUCGCCCGAUCCGACGUGGAUUCUUCCCGCCGUAUCGACCGCCGCCACUUUUGCAGUGGCCGAGCUUGGGUUUAGGUUCGGCACGACGGGGCAGGCGGAUCCGAGCCAGACGCAGAUGAUGAAGUACAUCUUUAGGGGUCUGAUGCCGGUGCUGGGUUACUUUUCCACCACCUUCCCCGCGGGCGUGCUGGUGUACUGGGCGACGACGAAUGUGUUUUCGGUGGUGCAGCUGUUGGUGCUGCAGGUGCCCGUGGUUCGUCAGUGGGCCAAGUUCCCCAAGCGCAUCGUACACCCCAAGAACCCCUAUGCGGAAGAGAAGGAGGGUUUUAUGGGUAAGCUGCGUGCGGCGCGCGACAAGCUCUCGGACUCCAACCCUACGGUCAAGCCGGUGGAAAAGUUCGGGACUGCUGCAAAUGCUAGGAAGGAGGCGCUCAGGGAGAUUCUGGAUGACAAGGCCGCGUACGAUGCAGAGCCAAAGAGCGCUGCUGCGGAUGCAGAGGCUAGGGAGGCAAAGAGGAACAGAGAUCGUGUUCUCAAGGCCCGCCAGCGCCGCGCACGUCAGUGA